AUGGAGGUAGUUCGUAAAAAUUUUAAGGAAACAUUACCCUUAAUAAAGGAGUCUAUAGAUAAAGCUGACUUUUUGGCGAUAGAUACGGAGUUUACAGGGCUUAUAAAUGGUCGAGAUGUAACCAUUUUCGAUUCACCGGAGGAUUAUUACCUUCGGUUGAUGAAUGGCUCCAGUGAAUUUCUUCUGAUACAAUUCGGUAUGAGUUGCUUUUAUUGGGAUGAGAAGAGGAACCACUAUCUGAAUGAUACGUACAAUUUCUAUCUGUACCCGCGAGGCCGGCCAGGGCCCGAUAGAUUGUUCCUCUGCCAGAGCUCCAGCUUAGAUUUCCUGGCAUCAAAUGGUUUUGACUUCAAUAAACUUAUAAAAGAAGGUAUUUCAUACAUGACAACUUCGACUGAGACUAAGCUAAGAGAAAACCUGGCUGAAAGGCAGCUCUCAUAUUCCAAAGAAAAGGACGCAGUAAGAAUACCAGAUGAAAACAGACAACAAAUUGAGGAUAUAUGUAAUAAGGUAAAGAAUUUCAUUGAGAAAUCAACGGACGCUGAAAUGGAGAUAAAUAGAUGCAACUCGUUUAUAAGGAUGCUGCUCUUCCAGGAGUUAAAACUUAGGUUUAAAGAUGAAGUUAUUGUUGACACGAAGGUCUUGGAGAAUAAAAAUAGGAUACUAAAAGUGAUACGUAAAACGGCGGAUAUGGAUGACCAAGACACUUUACGAAAAAAGAAAGAAUGGGAUGAGCUAGAGGAAGCUAUUGGCUUCUCGAGAGUUGCACAGAUGAUCAGUCAGUCGGAAAAGCUGGUAGUGGGUCACAAUAUGUUGCUGGACCUGCUCCACACGCUGGGCCACUUCUUCCAGCAGCUGCCGUCUGACUACCCGGCCUUCAAAGAGUUCACACACUGCAUGUUCCCAAAGCUACUAGACACGAAGUACAUGUCAAGUUUACCGCCAUUCAAAGACAAGCUAGGAUCCAGUGUACUUACAGAGUUACUGUCCACGCUUGGCGAACCACCAUUCUCUCUGCCUAAAAUUGGGUCUCGCCAAGGCCGAGGCUACUCCCACCUGGACGACAAGGAGCACGAGGCCGGGUACGACGCGUACAUCACAGGACUGUGCUUCCUCGCCAUGCACGGACAUCUGGCGCGCAUGCGCGGCGAGGACUCGGACCGAGUGCAACCCCAGUCCGUCGCACUCAAACCUUUCCUCAACAAACUCUUCCUGGCAAAGACUGCCAGGCAGGACAGUCCGUAUAUCAACUUAGACGGGGCUGACCCGACACCACCAAGGGACCACGUGUUCCACCUCGUCUUCCCCAAGGAGUGGCAGAGGAGUGAUCUCUCACAACUGUUCAGUCCUUUCGGGGCAGUCACAGUCUACUUCUUAGACGAAUGCUCAGCUUUCGUCGGCUUGGAUCAGCGCGACCAGGCACCUGACGUUAUGCGAGUCCUCUCCAAGAACAACCGCGUCACUCUCACUCCCUACCACAAGUACAAGACCGGAGGCAGCGGGGCAGACAAUGAGAUGGCGUUACGGAGCGAGCGGAAAUCGGAUACGUAUAAAUUAAUAAACAAGGCUGACGUGAAAUCUCGGCAAGGGUUGAGCAAGAGCAACCUUGCCGGUCAGAGGACGUCGCUCCAGGUACCGCAGUUGCCCCGAUCGCCCAAGUCUCCGAUGUCACCACAACCGACACAGCAGCGGCACAAAGUCAACCGGAGACGUUCGAACAGCGCUUCGUUGACAACGCAACCCGUUUCCACGAGAAAAAGGACUUCUUCUGGCGUUUUCCACGUUGACGGUUCGGAACCGGUGGCCAAGAAGUCCAUCUCUCCGCCUCUACCCGACAAGACUACAAACGGCCGCGACAAGACUGAUACCGGAGAUACUGGGAAACAAGACGAUGAUGCUGUUAAGAAAAAAGAUAGUUCGGAUAAGAAAAAAGCUGGUUCAGAAAAGAAAAAAGAUAAAGCGGAAAAGAAAAAGGAUAAUGUAGAGAAAAAAGAUAAAAUAGUUGAAAAGUUCGACAGCAAAGCUAUGUCGGAUUGUGUGACUGCUUUCAAGGAAAGCGACAGUUGGGACUGA